UCAGGGCCACCCCGUCCCGCCGGUACCGAGGGCGGAGAGGCUCCGCAGGUCCUGCUGCGGAGUCGGGGGGGUUCUGCUGGGCUGUAAAGCCAUUUUCAGCGAGACCGCUGCACGAACUUCCCAGAGAUGUUACAUCUAGAGUCGGCGCCGGCCCUACUGAGCUUUUCUAGUUCCGUCCCGCCAUGAGCGCCCACCUUUGUGCGCACGCACGCACGCAGCACGUCGCUACGUCCCGUCUUUAGCCCGGACGCUCCGCGGGUCGCCUUCUGCUGGUGGGCGUCACAGCCGUCUUACCCGCAAUCGGGUCGGGGGCUCCCGGAAGUGCUCCUGCCGCAUACUGCCUGGCACAGCUGUCGUUCUUCUCUACAGAAGAGCUUUUCCUCAUCAACUGGGGAUGAUUACAGUUCUUCCUAAAAAAGGUGAGAGAUCAGUGGGUUGUACAGCCCGGUGGGCUCAAAGCCAGGGACCAGAGGGAACUUCCAGUUUUAAACACCCCAGGAGAUUCUGGGACCAUUCUUUGAGAAGCACCCUGAAGACACCUUCUGUUUUCCUCUUUCAUCUUUGACAAGUCACACCUCUCCAACCUACUUGAUGUGAAGACAAUGAGGAUGAAGACCUUUAUGGUGAUCCACUUCCACUUAAUGAAUAGAUGGCUGCUCUUUUUCUAAAGAGGUUAACACUACAAACUGUCAAGUCUGAAAAUAGUUGCAUUAGAUGUUUUAGUAAACACAUCGUGCAAAAGACAGCACCAGCACAGUCAUCCCCUAUUGCUUCUCCCCCAAGACUCUCCUUCCUAAUUCAUGCAAAAGCCUUUAAUACCGCUGAAGACACCCAGAAUGAAGGAAAAAAGAAAAAAAAGAAUAAAACAGUUUUUAGUAACGUUGGAAGAAAAAUUAGUCAGCGAAUUAUUCACUUAUUUGAUGAGAAGGGCAAUGAUUUGGGAAACAUGCACCGAGCAAAUGUGAUUAGACUUAUGGAUGAGCGAGACCUGCGACUGGUUGAAAGGAACACCAGCAUAGAACCUGCAGAGUACCAGCUCAUGACAGGAUUGCAGAUCCUCCAGGAACGGCAGAGGCUGAGGGAGAUGGAGAAGGCGAGCCCCAAAACUGGACCAACCCUGAGAAAGGAACUGACUUUGUCUUCAAAUAUUGGACAACAUGAUUUGGAUACAAAGACUAAACAGAUUCAGCAGUGGAUUAAGAAAAAACACCUAGUCCGGAUUACUAUAAAGAAAGGAAAAAAUGUGGACGUGCCAGAAAAUGAAAUGGAGGAGAUAUUUCAUCAAAUACUCCAGACUAUGCCUGGAAUAGCUACAUUCUCAUCUAGGCCACAAGCUGUUCAAGGAGGAAAAGCUUUAAUGUGUGUUCUUCGUGCUUUGAGCAAAAAUGAGGAGAAGGCCUAUAGAGAAACUCAAGAGACCCAGGAAAGAGACACUUUGAACAAAGACCAUGGAAACGAUAAGGAAUCAAAUGUUCUGCAUCAGUAAUUUUAAUAAAGAAAAGUAUGCUCUGAGAGAAA